CGUACGGUUAGAUGCUUCCCACAAAAGCGCGUUUACUCGCUAACAAAUGGAGCAAACCGCGUCCCCCUACGUACAGGUUAGGCAUAUGAGGGAGACGUAAAUACACAUGCAACCGGGUAGUUUUGAUCGAUCGUUUAUGUAGCCAUAGCAAGCAAAACACCCUAGCUUGUGACCGGUUAGGUGCACGACAUUUAUCUCCAGAUGCUACAAUAUGGCGGCGACCUGCAUAAUCGUGAUGUUGGCACGGACAUACUCCGCGAGACAACAGAUAUAAAGAGAAGGCCAUGGCGCAGUCAGAACGGACUCAGAGAAUCUUCUUGAUCUAUCACAACUCACAAGAAACCUGCAACAUACAAGUUUUCACACUAUCGUCAACCAUCGAACAAGAUGACUAAAUCCCAGAUGUCCAAGACAGAUGCAUCCCGCAUCCAAUCCUCCCAAGCCAGAAGCGGCGGCAACAUGACUUCGGGAGGCUUCGCAGCUCGGGCCCAGUCCUCUGGAGACCGAAACCAGAACGCCUGGGCUGGUCAGCAGAAUGUUGGAUCGGGCACAGGCGGACAGUCUGGCAACAACGGAGGUUCCACCGGCAGUGGAGGAGCUAAGAAUUAAACUUGCAAGGAGCUGUGACUAGUGACGAGAAGUGAUAUCGAAAGGGUUAUCAUCAGCACAGAAUAUAUUCAGUUCAAUGUCUUCAGUGUAGCAGAAAC